ACAUGCUGAUAAAACAAACACUGUCUUUCUUCUUCUUCUUUUCAAUUUCCUUUCCUUUCUUAAAGAGACCGAUUGUCUAGGAGACAGUGUAAGCAAGAGAUAUUCUGCCUUUUACUAUUCAGAUUAAAGAAACCAAUAAUAGUAAUAAAAAAAGGCAAUGGCGAGGAGACCAGACGAGGAAUACGAUUAUCUGUUCAAGGUUGUACUAAUUGGCGAUUCUGGUGUAGGAAAAUCAAAUCUUCUUUCCCGAUUUACUCGUAAUGAGUUCUGUUUGGAAUCCAAAUCCACCAUUGGCGUUGAAUUCGCCACCCGUACUCUUCAAGUUGAGGGAAGGACUGUCAAAGCCCAAAUAUGGGACACAGCUGGCCAGGAGCGAUACAGAGCAAUAACCAGUGCCUACUAUAGAGGUGCCCUUGGAGCUCUUCUAGUGUAUGAUGUUACAAAACCAACAACAUUUGAAAAUGUUAGUCGCUGGCUGAAGGAACUGAGGGACCAUGCAGAUGCCAAUAUUGUGAUAAUGCUAAUUGGAAACAAGACUGAUCUGAAACAUCUCCGAGCUGUGGCCACUGAGGAUGCUCAAGGUUAUGCAGAGAGGGAAGGACUUUCAUUCAUUGAAACUUCUGCUCUAGAAGCAACAAAUGUCGAGAAGGCAUUCCAGACAAUCCUCUCAGAGAUUUACCGAAUAAUUAGUAAGAAGUCACUUUCAUCAGAAGAACAAGCACCUGCCAAUAUCAAAGAAGGUAAAACAAUUGUUGUUGGAGGAUCUGAGGCAAACGUUAAGAGGCCUUGCUGCUCUUCGUCAUAAGGAUUGUAUUUACAUCAAGAUACCCUUCUCUAUUCUCUUUCCCUUGCCCCCUUUGUGGGGUUAUUAUUUUCAUGUUCGAUUUGUGUUGUCGGAUUGUUUAUUGUUUUGCAUGAGAUAUGCCACAGCUUUUUUCUUGAGAGUUGUUUGUAGACAAUUUUGCCAGGAUUUCUUCCUUUCCUUCCAAACCUUAUUUCUGCAUAAGGGGGUUUUGGGUUAUUAAAUUAUGAAUUAUUGGAAAUUGCCACAAACCUAAAAUUGUCAUUUUUCUAUAGAAUGUUGUAUUUCUUAUUAGUGUC